AUGCAUCAUAAGUCACCAGGCCGUGCCCUUGAUUUCUUUGACAACCUCGGUCUCCACUUACCAAGCAUAUACAAUCGGGAUGUGUCAUCAAAGUGGUCCAUCCGCUUCUCAAAAGCCGUGCCCUUGACUACUUCCGGAUAUAUACGCACAACAUACAUUUUUCAGUGUAUAUGCGGCUCUGACCAUGCUGCCGGUGCCAGGGUCACCAAGAAGCGCCAGAUGCCGUGGGACAAUCUCGGCUGCAAUGCCUUUGUCCGUGUUGUUGCAACUUUUGACGCCCAAACUCCCCGCACACUUAUCGCCUUCAACGAGUUUUGGGGCCUCUUCAAACACUCAGAAGAUUGUGAGGCGGCCAUAACAGCAGUUCGCGAUGUCCGGUUUCCCCUCCAUCCAGAUAUCCGGCAAUAUGCGGGCUCCUUGCUUCGAAAAGGGGUGUCUGGACCAUCGGUUUAUACCCAGGCCAAUGCUUGGGCACAGAUUCGUCAUCCUCCGAUCAAAGCGGCAUGGGACCCGUACUACCGGUACAUCUACCUUCCUCAUGACACCUCCUCUAUCUAUCGCAGCCUCAAGCUCGAAAUGGGAAUCAGACAAUGUUCUAGACCACACGAGAACAUUGAUGCCUGGUUCCGACAGACCAACCCUAACCCUCCUUCAUCAGAACUUGCUGAUGCCUGCCUGUUUUAUCAACCUUUUGUCCAGGGUCAAUCUGAUCGAUUCAUCUUGAUCUUAUCAACUCCGGAUCAACAGGCCUGUGCCUGGCGCUAUGGGCAUGGGAAGAUCAUUCUCGUCGAUCUAACAUUUGGCUUCUCUUCGGCACGCGCUAAUGUCUGGAUUGUUAUGGUCAUUGACGAGGCCUAUAAAGGCAUUCCAGUUGCCUAUAUCCUCUUCUCAGCCAAAGAGGAGACAUCGGAGCGCGGUGUCCAUGCAGACUACAACAAACAUCUUCUCACCCAGCUUCUAUCACACUGGAGCACAGCUAUGGGGACCAAUCCGGAGGGGGUUCAGUUCCAGCCCCAAGUCGCUGUCAGCGACAAUGACAUCAAGGAGCGCCAUGCGAUGACAUCAGUCUGGCCAGACAUCAAGCUUCUUCUUUGUCUCUUCCAUACUUGGCAGGCCUGGCGGAACGCCCUGAACCGCUCCCUCGGUCCCCUUCCAAAAGGGGAUGAAAGGAUGGAAGUCCGCACCCGGCUUGCACGGUUUUGCAUGCGACUCAAUGCACAGGCAGCCUUCAAAGAGGAGGAAGCCUUCUUUAGGGCGCUGCACAGCCGCCGGGCCGGAUCAGAGAAGAAGCGCGGAGCCGCGGGAAUCAAGUUCCUGAAAUAUCUGUCAAGUUUUCUCGCAACAGAGGAAUACUGGAAACAGUGGUCUCGGGCUGGCGUCCUCGAUGCAGCGGCUACUCUUGGCGUUACACCAGAAGAGGUCCCACGGACCACAAACCAUUUGGAGAGUCACAACAACCAUCUCAAAGGCGACUACUUUGCAGAUCACACGCAUGGUGGGCGCCUUCCCCGUUUGGACAUUUGGAUUAUUGUUCUCGUCACUGCCGUGAUCCCAGACUUCUUC